ACGAGCAUUAGGAAAGUACCUCUAACGUCGGGUUAAAAUUCAGUGGUGUCCAAAACAGAAUGAAAACAGAAAUCGCUGGCAUAUUGCAGCGGGUCAGGCAGCGUCUGUGGAAAUAUUUUCUGUUUAAGAUUUCCAGCAUCUCAGAUAUUAAUCUCACAUUUAGGCCUUUGAAUGACGUUUAAUUUAUUGUCACUUUUAAUACUAUUUAGCCAACAAAAGUGGUUUUAAUUUUAGUUUUAAUAUCAACCAGAACCAGUUAAAAGUGGCAUGGUAAUUUCUAUCAUAAACUGGUUAAGAUUUUUCACAUGCGUAUUGCCUUUUAGCCUUUCACUCAUUUUUACAUUCAUAAAAAGUGAUAGUUAAUAUAAUCAUUACACGGGGGUUAGUUUCAUCACAGAGGUGUGUAAGCUUGUGUGAUCUCAUGCUUACAAAUCCGUGGCGUAAGGAAGUGCACUGGCUCACCUCCGCCCUCUUUGAACCAAAAAAACCAUGAACUCGUGACCUAUACAAAGCAGAUCAAUAAUGAGCAAUGAUGAACCCAAGGUAUUUUACGGCCGAGAUUUUGACAAUUGGGAUAAAGCACGGAGAUUACAAGCACAAUUGGAAGGGCGUGACAUGUCGAAAUUUUCCCUGUGUUUAAACCUGGGGGAUAUCCCACCAGAAAAUGUAAAGUUGUCCAUUACAGACAGAGUGAUAACCGUCUCCGGAUAUCUCAAAGAAAUUGUUGAAGACGAUGAUGGAAUGAUUAGAGAAACCUUCCACGGAUUUUCCAACGAAUUCGGUCUCCCAGAAGGUUUGGACCCGGCCACCGUAAGAGUCAACGAUAAUCAUGAUCAAAGUAUAACGAUCGAAGCCGACUAUUACGUUUCGUAUGAUCGUCAAGAGGAAGAAAUCGUUUGCCCUAUAACGGGGAGACCAUCGUCGGCACCAUCUGCCCAUUCACAGCGGGACCAGAUUAUAAGUCACCAUGAUAUCCCCCUUUUUACCUCUCCCUCUAACAGUCUUCCUCUCACCCCUCCAAGCUCUCCUAGGCGCCCCUCUCUUGUUCCCAGUACCUUCAAUGUGCCUCCUGCAUUCGCCCCAGGUCCGAUGCAAUCUCAACUGCCCUGCCCAAUUAUGGCAUCCCAAGCGCCUCCCUCGUUUAAUGAACCAAUUAACUCAUUCAAUCAAAGUCAGGCGAACAACCUGCCUAAUACCUUGUACACUGAGAAUAAUUUAUUCGCGCAGCCUCCCCAAUUCAGUACUAGUGAGAUGAAGCUUCUGCGAAAUACAGUUCCACCUUUCCCUGAAAACAACGGUGGGAAUUUUCCCCAAUUCAAUACUUCUUACACAAUGAGACAGAAUCUACAAAGCAGUGCGCAGUCCGUUGAAGAUGCCAGCGCUGACAUGGCAUGUAGAUUUAAUUAUUCAGUUCCACCAAAUCAGGCUAGACAAACACCUAUCAGUACCACCCCAGAUAGGAAUUCUGUGUUCUCCCAACUCACCCCAAGUCAACUAAAAGCCUUUCAAAACGCCCAAAACGCCCCGGUAGAAAGCAAUAACGGGGCAUUCCACCGACGAAAUGGUUCCGCCAGUCCUUCUCAGAAAAAGACACAACGAAGCACCCAACCAAGUGUCGUCGAGAAUUGUUAUAGGGAAGAGACUGCUCCUGUCAUCAUGCCUACAUCGAACUACAUAGGAAAACGUAGCAGCAUGGAAAUACCUUCAAACAAUGUCCACAAAACAUUAGACGUGCCCUGCCUGGCAAAUCGUUCUUACCUGAAACCUGGGACACGCUGCGAGACAUAUCCUUCCGGUGGCUCUUCAAAACAUGACUACAAGAUACCAGCUUUUCACCUCUCCGACUUCAAUGGACACAUACAGGCCUAGGAACUCAAAGGCAGCGUGCAUCUUUUUCAAGCAAAAUAUGCGAGAAAGAGUAUGCUCAUCAUGAACCAGAAAGACAGCAUUUAGGAUGAAACUUCUCUGGAGGCAUCUAGGGGGCCAGUGUGUAAAAUUCAGAUUCAAUAAAACAUCAAUUUUCACCACCAACUAUCAUUUGGCGAUCCUAA